AAAGAAGCGCAUUGAGACGUUUGGGCAUUUGACGAGCGACUGCAAAGAUGGUGUCAACACUUGUUAGGCUCCGCUACUAAGACUACUGCGAGAGUUCGGAGAUUCGGUGAUAGUCAGACUUUCUUUGUUACCGAUGAGGCGACUUGGAAGUGCAGUGAGCUCUGCGUUGUCAAACUGGGUAAGUGAUAUAUCCAAGUUUUCGUUUUCGAAGUUUGUAUUGCAGGAAAGCAUCUCGUCGCCAAUCGCUCCCGACAGAAUGGCUAUCAUGGAAAGGUAUAGAAGCAGGCGGACACCAGAGGAAUGCGCAUUGCAGACACCGUUCAACGAGAAUGUUCGUCCUUUACUGGAUGCUGUCGACACGCUGAGGCAGCUCUCCGUCGCGGAGGAAGGUAUCAAGCUUCCAACUAUAGUUGUUGUCGGGGACCAGUCGAGUGGCAAGAGCAGCGUCCUGGAGUCACUCGCUCAGGUGGACUUACCUCGCGGCCAAGGCGUCGUGACGCGAGUGCCUCUAGUCCUGCGGCUUCAAAAUACCUCCGGCACUGAUCAGUCUCACCAGGUAGUUAUUCAGUACGGUGGGAAGAAGCGGGUUAUCGAGGAAGCUGAGAUCUCUGCGGCAGUUGUGGAAGCUACUAUCGAGCUUGCCGGAGACAAGCACAUUGUCAACAAGCCGAUAUCGCUGCACAUAACCAAGCCGGGUGCUCCUGACUUGACAAUGAUCGAUCUUCCUGGCAUCACCAGAGUUCCCGUCCAUGGCCAACCCGAGGACAUCCAGGAGCAGAUAAAGAAGAUCAUACAGGAAUACAUUUCUCCGAAGGAAACAAUUAUCCUCAACGUCAUCUGCUCGACGGUGGAUUUCCCAACUUGCGAAUCGAUUCUCAUGUCAAGGCAGGUUGACAGGGAGGGUGAAAGGACUAUGGCCGUCGUCACCAAAGUGGAUAUGUCGCCGAAGGAUUUGAAGGAGAAGGUGAUGGCGGACGUAGUCGGCAUCGGCUUGGGAUACAUAUGUGUCCGAAACAGGAUAGGUGAUGAAACUCAUGAGGAAGGCAGAGACAAGGAAGCCGAGCUCUUUCGGACUGAUCCUCAUCUCAGAGACUUACCCGAGAGCAUGCUGGGCAUCCGUCAACUUGCGAAGCGGUUGACAGAGUUCCAAGCCGAUAGCUUGCGGAAGAACUUACCGAAACUCGUGGGGAACAUCCGGAGUGCACUGACCGCCGUGAGGAGAGACCUGGAUGCUCUCCCUCAGCGCGUAGCAGACUCCGAGUCGGCGCUGCCUCUGGCCAUGGACUGCUACCAGAGCAUCCGGAGGUCACUCGAGAGGCUUCUCGCUGGUGAUUCUCUACCCGAGUUUCCCGACGACAAGCAGAUGAACUACGCUGCUCGGCUCCACGAGUAUUUCGUCAAGCUCUCCAGCCAGAUCCGUUCUAAUGGAGACGAAGACUCUUCAAGCUCCGGGUCACAGGGAAAGCUGGAGGAGCUCCUUCACGAGGCCAAAGGCGUGACGCUGCCAAACAUUCUCCAGUCAUCGGUGCUCAAGCAAAUGGUGGCCUACAACGUGAAGGAGUUCCAUGAGCCGAGCAUUGCCACGGUUGACGAGGUUCACAACUACGCAGCCCAGGUGGUGAUGCCAGUGAUCAGCAAGAAAACCGAGGGGUACCCGAAGCUCCAGGCACUGCUCAAGAAGAACAUGCAAGGCGUGCUCGAAAAAUCCCAGUCGGCGUGCAAGGAGUUCGUCCAGGACAAGCUCGAGAAGGAGACCACCAUCACCUUCACUCUCAAUCCAAAGUACAUGGAGCUGGUCGAGAAGAAGCAGCUCUUGGCGGUAUCGGAGAUGGAUUCUUGCGAGUUGUCCAAGAACAGGAUGUACUCCAAAUCCUCCAGCUCUACGAUGAGGGAGAUGAAGAACAGCUUGGAUUCGUACAUGGAGGUGAUCAAGAACAGGAUUUGCGACGAGGUUCCAAUGCAUCUGCGGUACUCGCUGGACAAGUCGCUGAUCGAGGAGUUUGAGACGGUGGUGAUGAAGAGCUUUGCGUCGCGGGACAAGUCGAUGGAGCUCAUGGCCGAGGACACGCAUCUCCAGUACAAGCGAGAGAGGCUCCAGAAGAAGCUGGAAGUUCUCGAGGAGUCGAAUCGCACAAUCCUAGCAGCGACCACGAUCUGAUUCGAUCGCCACAGAGAAAGGAAACACGAAUCUAUGUGCUUUACUAAAGGGUUUUAAAACAUGUAAGGGUUUAAAGAA